CACCACUCCACAUGGCAGCCAGGAAUGCUUAAGUGUCCGCCACGAUGUCCGACUGGCCGAUCUCACUGGCCCCUGGAGUCUUCUCCCCCUGGCAUUAACACAGCGUGACGGGCCUUCUGUCCCACCCGGUGAUCUCCCGACUUGUCUUGAACCUCCCCCAUGUCCUCAAUGUCUGUGCCUGACUGCAUGGUUCAAUAUGCCAAAGAGGCCACUUACGUCAACCCGGAUAGAGUCGAACGGUGGAGGCUAUAUAAACAGCCCUCCCCCAUCUCUGUCUGCCAUACUCGGUGGAAUGAGUACGACACACCACACCGCCGGUCUCUAAUUAUCAUCCAAGAUGCCCUCCAAGCACCAGGUGUCUCUCCUUGCCCUCGCUGGCCUUGCUGCCGCGGCGCCCUCCAAGCUGCGCAAGCGCGAGGCCCUCCCCGACUACGCCAUCACGUACGCGCCCCUGUCGUACCUGUACAGCGGCGAGUCCUGGUUCCCGUCUGAUGUGACGGUGCAUCUGGCCAACGUCAAGCCCGAGGUGGACUACGUCGCGAUCGGAGCCAACAACUCGGUGACGCUCGACACGCUCGACUCGUACGCCUCGGACGUGUACCUGACGGCGUCGGACGGGCCCAUCUACGAUCCCCUGGACGGCACGCCGGCCUGGCUCUCGUCGGACUACGGCAUCCCCGACAGCGACGGGCUCAGCGCUGCUCCGGGGCUGAUCAUCGCCGCCGAGAAGAACAGCACCACCACUGAUGUGUUUUACUUUUAUUUCUACUCGUACAACUACGGUGGAAAGGUUUUGGAUAUCAAUUUCGAUGACCACGUCGGAGACUGGGAGCACGUCAUGAUCCGCUUCGUCGACAAGAAGCCUUACGCCAUCUACUGCUCCGAGCACAGUGCCGGCUCUGCCUAUUACUGGGACAUCCUGGACUUUUCCGGCGAUCGCCCCCUGACGUACAUCGCGUACGGCGGCCACGCCAACUACGUGACCUCGGGCACGCACGACUACACCGUUGCCCUGGGCCUCAUCUCCGACACGACCGACGCCGGCUACCUGUGGGACAUGACGCUCAACUACCGCGGCUACUGGUACGACGUGGACUCGGAGGAGUUCUCCGUGGCGUCUGGAGCGGGCAAGGGUGCCACCGAGGAGGCCGACGAGUCUGCCGACUGGCUGGCCUGGCUAGGCUACUGGGGCGACGAGCAGUACCCGGACAGCUUGAUUGACGAUCUCGAGACGGGCCAGUACUGCAUUGACGAUGAGUGCCGGUAUUCCAGUGGUCCUACAGGGCCUGCCGACAAGAACCUCGGCCGCUCGACCAUGUGCCAGAAGGAUGACUGUACCAUCUUCGACAACAUUGACGAUCUGACCAAGCAGUCUUAGCACCCUUGAGACAGAUUUAAUUAUCUUGUCUUUACUUGGAAAAGGCUUUAAAAUGUUGUCUAGAUCUAGAUUCUUCAUGGGAAAUACGUAGUGGCCCAAGGGGUUUAGUAACAAUGUG